AUGAGAGCACCGGUGCUGCUGUCCCUGCUACUUGGUCUACUUGGUCUACUUGGUCUGGUCACAUGUGACACCUACUUACACAACCCUAGAGGCAGUAACAACAGACUAAACGAACGGACUGCUGUGAGGAGAAACGCCAACAGACUCUUCGACUCUCAGAACAAUAACCGGGGUGGUUAUAAUACCGGGGACGCGGAGGACGGGGCCGCUAAUGGGGACACUAAAAAACAGUACAGUAUCCAGUACUACCAGAGUGGCCCGGAGACAGCAGCAGAGUCCAGACUGAUACUGGAGUGGACUAAUCAGCACGGGUGUGGCGGAAGUGAAGACUCCAGUCCCCACAAGCUGAACUGCGAUGUUGUUAUUCAGUACAUGUGCCAGAACGACGUAGCAAACAGUGCUAUAGAGAAUAAUGACCAAGCUAACAAGGAUGAUAUCCUGCGGGACGGGACCAACACGGGUACUCAGGGGUACCAGAACCCUAACCGGGGGGAGGUCAGCACUAACCAGAACAACAACAAUGAUAACACUUAUGCGGCCAGGAUCAACAAUAAUGUUAACCAAAUUCAGAUGUCUCGAGGGUAUCAGGAGAGUAUGAUAUGGUAUGAUAUGUGCAAGUACCGCGAAGCAAAUGGAGGCUUGUUCACGGCAGAUCAGAGAUUGAACAACGGUAACCUGGGCUACGAAGAUGCAAGUAGGACCCGUCAGAACCCUAAUGGACAGAGACGAGGGUUCGAGUGUCCUGAAGAGAGAGAUUAUUACCCGUACUGGUUCCCCACUCUCAUGACUCAGACAUACGAUACCGAACAUCAAACAACUCCAUGGAUCGAUAUGGCAUUUCUGACCUCCAAUACAUCUCGAUGUGACGUCAUUAAGAAGGGAUCGUUUAACCAGAACGGUAUCCCACGUUGCGUGGUGGAUGAAGGAACGACUGCUCGGCCGCGAACCUACGGCAAAUCAAUCACUGAGGCAGCCUGUGAAGCAGAGAGUGGAACCUGGGUAACGUUUCACUCAUACUUAGAAAUAUUAACUGACAUCACGACAGAGGCAGCGUGUAAUACUAAGGCUGCAGCAGACAAGAGGAACAAAGUCUCCUGGAUGUCUUUAAGGAGCGAUGAACCGAACACUAAGAAGUGUGUCGUGCAAGCCCCCGAAGUGGAUUGCACUGAUGCACCCUGGACUCGCGUAAAUCAUAACGGAAACUCGCCAGACUCACAAGGGAACGCCUCCAGAUACGACGCAGUGUUGCCUUACUUCACAAGUAACGACAACAAACGCUGUGUCAUGAGACUCAGAUACAACAUCUCUACUGAUGACUACGAUCCUUUCAACACCGGCUCUAGUCAAAACCAAGACCUCCAGAACGGAGUGGUAUCCCCGGUGGAACAGAAUCCUCUUGUGGACGUGGGAGCAUCAGCCAGACCCCUCAGGCUUGCUCUUAAUACCAACCAGUACGGAAGGACAUUCCAAGAUAGAUCUCAUGUGUUCAGGAUGUUACCCAGAGACUCGGCUGAUAUGGCAGGAAAAAUAAUACAUAAUCUCAAUGUGAGAGGAAAACGAGGAAAUAUUGUUCAGACUUACCCUGCGGUUGAGUACGACUUUAUCCCGAGUAGAGCCACCAUUUCUACAGCUGAUUUAGUUCACGUCCAAUGGACGGGAUCCAACACUCACAACAACCAACCAAACGGUGGUGACGGUCAAACAGGAGACGCUGGAGAGGGAAGAGGAGGUACCGACAGAUCUAACUUCCUGGAGAUGCAGGGUGAGAUAGAGAAUUACCCCGCCCCAUUCGAAAACACGACAUUGUGGGACAAAGUAAAAUCAGUGACACAGCCUAGCGCUACUGCCAAAGAUAUUGCUGCUGGGUUCUUCAGUUCCGGUUACUACUGUGGAGCUGCAGCCUCCGCAAACGUUUGUAAUGAGAACGGGGAUCAAGUAUUAGGAGCUGGUACAGAUAUGGACGACUUGUUGAACAACGCUCCGGCCAGCUACUUUGGGCACGUGUUAAAGUUCGCGGAGAAGACGACAGUAGCGUACAUGUGCUCCAGGAACAACAACUUCUCGAACCGGUCCCAGAAGGGAAUACUAUGGGUAGUGGACCCAGCAGACGCUGCUGCUACACGGAGGAGGAGGGGCACCACCAACAGGACUUGAUUCACGAUGUCAAUCCUUCGCAUCUCGACGAUCUGCAUAUAUUGUGGUUGCGAGAAGAUGCGCGGCGCGGCACAGUAGUGCAUAGCGCUACAACAACAGGACAUAACCACCGGGACUAAACAUUAGCCCACCACUAUGAACUUAUACACUGAAUACACUGAUAUAAUUUGUACUUCAAGCUAGAUAGAUGCAAAUAAUUUAUGAUAUGAGUGAAAAAUAAAUUUGAUCAUUAAUACUCCGCCAUUUUCAAAAUAAUGUCUUGAACCAGUUUUACUUAAAAUUGCUUUGUGUUUAAAGUUAAAAUUGCUUAUUUAAUGAAUUUAUUGAACAACAGUUGCUGACAGUAUCAGAAUGUAAACCUAUUAUACCCGUAUAAGUAUAAAUAAUAAAACUAAAUUAUAGCGAC